AUAUUUUUUUCGUGUUCCUCCAUUGUCCUCAUUUCAUUUUCAUUCUUUUUUGUGUGACUUCUCAUUUCACUUUCAUUCUCUUCACCUCUAAAAAGAUCAUGGCACUUGAGCAACUCAUGUUGAAAGAGACUCGUCACGGCCGUGACAAAAAGUUGGAUCUAAUCCAUGGACAAGGCCAUGUCAAGGACAUCAAUCUGUCAACAACAACCACCAGUUCUCAAGUUUCCGAUGACGCCAAUGGUCCAAGGCUGGAAUCCUUUAGGAUGCUAGAAAAAGAUGUCCCGGGUGGAGCUUCUCCCGAGAAGAGACUAGCAUGGUUGCGGUCUCAAGUCAUCGGUAAUGAUGUGGAGUUCGACACUCCUUUUGGAAAACGUAGGCUCACCUAUGCUGACUACACUGCCUCUGGCCGAUGUCUUCAGUACAUUGAGAACUACAUCCUUAAAAAUGUUCUUCCAUUUUAUGGGAAUAGUCAUACAAGUGACAGUUUUGUGGGGCAUAAAACUACAAAAAUGGUGCAUGAAGCAAGUAAGUAUGUCAAGUCUUGCUUAGGGGGCAAAGACGAAGAUGCAAUCCUGUUUGUUGGCUCAGGCACAACGGCAGCCAUUAAACGGCUUCAAGAGGUUAUGGGACUUGCUGUUGCAUCAACUAUGAAGGAAAGGGUGUUGACGAGCCUUAGGGAUGAAGAAAGAUGGGUAGUUUUUGUUGGGCCAUAUGAACAUCAUUCGAACCUCCUCUCGUGGCGCCAAAGCUUAGCAGAAGUUGUAGAGAUCGGUUUAGAUCAAAAUGGCCUAAUCGACGUUAAAGCUUUAAGAAACCAACUCGAGUCAUACCAACACACAAAUCGUCCUAUGUUGGGUUCUUUCUCAGCAUGUAGUAAUGUCACUGGAAUUUACACAGACACACGUUCCCUCACUUUACUCCUACAUCAAUAUGGUGCUUUCGCUUGCUUUGAUUUUGCUGCAAGUGGUCCUUAUGUGGAGAUUGAUAUGAGAUCUGGGGAGGUAGAUGGAUAUGAUGCAAUUUUUCUUAGUCCACAUAAGUUUGUUGGAGGUCCGGGUACCCCUGGAAUUCUUCUAAUGAGCAAGGUCCUCUAUCAACUAAGAUCUUCGCCGCCUUCAACUUGUGGUGGAGGAACUGUCAGUUUUGUCAAUGGAUUUAGUGAAAAGGACACUCUAUACUAUGAAGAUGUGGAAGAGAGAGAAGAUGCUGGAACUCCACCAAUUAUUCAGAAAAUGAGAACUGCAAUGGCUUUUUGGGUAAAAGAAUACAUAGGUUACGAAGUGAUCGAAAGGCAGGAGCACAAUUUCAUUGAAAGAGCGCUUGACAGGCUUCUAAUGAAUCCAAAUAUUUGGGUAUUAGGAAACACUACUGUAAGAAGGCAGGCUAUCUUGUCCUUCCUUGUGUUCUCCACGACAAACUCCUCCUCCGUUAAUACGAAAAACAAUCGCUUCAUAGAGGAAAACGGUACAAGAGACGAAGGAACUUUCAUGUGGAGAGAGUCCGGGAACAUUAGAGAUAAGCCCCUCCAUGGUCCUUUCGUUGCAAAGCUCCUCAAUGACCUUUUCGGCAUUCAGGCUCGUGGUGGGUGCGCUUGUGCUGGACCUUAUGGUCACCAUCUCCUCCAUGUUGAUGAGCCUCAUUCUGUCGCCUUCAAAUCCGCCGUCCAAAAGGGUUACAACGGAGUGAAGCCUGGAUGGACACGAAUCAACUUCGCAUUUCACAUGUCAGCAGAAGAGUUCGAGUUCAUUCUUGCUGCAUUGGAAUUCAUAGCUACGUAUGGCCAAAGGUUCCUUGUUCUUUAUGACUUCGACUGGAAAACAGGCAACUGGACUUUCAAGAAGAAGGCAUUGAAAGAGAUGGAGGCUUUCAAAUAUUGUAGACAAGAAUUCAACAACUUGUUGAUGACUCAUGCUUUACAAUCGGCCAGUUUGGAAGACACUGAAGGAAUGGCGAACGACAACACCAUUGAGAUGAUCCACAAUUAUGUGUCUUACUUGGAGACUGCUAAAAGAAUUGCUCAUUCUCUUCCAAAGUUUCCUUUAUCUAAACAGGUUCCGAAAGAGAUAGAUCUUAGCCUCGUGCACUUCAGAAUCUAGACUUGAACAUCUCUGACGCAGCUUUCUUCUCAUAAUAAAAAAGUACUUUUUACUUCAGAGUUGUAUAUUGUUGUUUGAAGAUUUUCCAUAUUGAAGAUAUGUUUAUUUUUUUAUGUCAGAAUAAUAAACGAAUAAAAGAAAUGGAACAUCUUGUUCCUUGUUUUUU